UCACUAUACCAUCUGGUGGUUCUGUUGGCAUGUUUGCCAUAGUAGGCAAAGUGGUGCGUAAUGAACGUCUUUUUGGAUUAUGGAAAGGCAUGACUCCUAGCAUCUUCCGUUGUGUGCCAGGUGUUGGCCUGUACUUUUCAUCGUUGCAUUGGCUGAAGACCAACUUCUGUGAGGGUCAGCCAGGGCCUUUCGACGCCCUUAUGCUUGGGGUGGUGGCUCGUACCAUCACAGGCGUCACCAUGAUUCCUAUCACAGUCAUUAAGACACGAUAUGAGGUAGGAAAAGCUUAUCUCACAACAUUAAGACUAUGUGCACUCUAUCAUAUAAAUGUGUUACAAGUAUAUAAAUGUAGUCUCCAUAAGGGAGGUAUAGUUAUGGUAGUAUGGGAGAGAGAAGCUAUGUGUUCAAUCUACAGGAAAGAGGGCACCAGAGGCCUUACCUGUGGUCUGAUUCCUACACCUCCUGCGGAUGCUCCUUUCUGCCUCUAUCUCAUGUUUUAUACACAAACAAAGAAGCGAGUACCACAGAGUGAAAGUUAUGGAUUUAUCAAGCAGCUAAUCACAAAGUUUUGGGAUGAAAUGUUUUGGAUUGACCACCAGCUUAUGAAACCCUACAUCAUUUAA